GUGGGGUGGGGCGCUCCCUGCAUCAACGUCAUGAGCAUCCGUGUCGGCUACGUGUGCCGAUAUGCAGACGAUGCAUGUCCGUGAAGCUUAACGGCAACUUUAUUUGUUUUCCUGGUCAGCCCACCGCUCAUCCUGGGCUUGGAUGUUGGCACCUGGGACUCCCCAUGGCGACACCCUGGAAAUACGAGGUGCAUGGCAUGCACGGUUCGUUAUGAUUGUGGUGUGGCUUGAGAGCUGCUCCGUUCUGACAUGAUCCCCAGUAGCUGUAAGGCUCGCGGGUUGAUAUAAGUACACCCAUACCAAUCCUCGCUGUCGCCUGACAUAUGUUGCUUGCACCACAGCUUUGGUACACUCCCUUCCCGUCUCUCGUGUUGAUAACGCUCUUCGACCGGAACUGCCGCCGAAGCAAAGGCGCAGACAUAUUCUCUAGUGUAUUCAGCAUGGCUCGUCUCGGCCUUGCUGCUGCCGUCCUCAUUGGACUUGCCCAAGGGGCCCUUGGUGACCUUCAGACCUGUGGCCAAGCACAAUACGAUCCGACCCAGUAUGUCUGCUGGGACAACCAAUUCCUGUGCCCGAUCACGGCCGGCGAGCCGCUCUCCUACUGCGCCGGUGCUUGCUAUAGCAAGUUCAUGUACACAUGCUCCAACAACGUCUUGACGCUCCUGCCGCCCGCCACCACACCCUUUACCCUCACGGUCGACAACCCGACCCUCUCCAUCCACGGCAAGCCGGUCACUGCUUCCGGGCUGCACUGGCUUCUGGACGGCCAGACGAGCAGCUACUGCCCGUCCGAGGUUGGCUCCGAGUGUCCGCCCGGCAACACCACGGUCAUCGUGGCAAGCGGCGGCAGUGCAGCCAUGAGCGUCAUGGUUCCGGGGGGCCAGCAGGUCUACCUGGACCCGUACUGGGGCGUGGCGUACACCCAGGCCCAUUCGGCAACCAUCCCUCCCGGAAGCACCACGACCGGCUUUGGUGCCUACGAGGGCGGCGGCUUCGUCAACCUCAACGGCAACGGCUGGGGGUGGGUUGCCUGCCCGCCCAGAGCCUCGGGCGGCGGCGGCACGGCGUGGACCUUGGUGGCCAAGAACGCGACGAAUGCUGGUAUACUGAACGACUGCCCCGCGAUCAACCUCAAGAUCAACGCCCUCCCGAGCGGCACCGUUGGCGCUUGGCAGUACACGUGAAGAAGGAUGUGCGGCGCCGAUAGCUGUGGUAUGCGAAGGUCAUCGGGCGUGGUGCGUUAUGGGGGUUAACCACCGUGCCCACGCUGCGGAUUGAUGGUUCG